AUGAAACAACUUCGUGGUGUAACCCUUUUUCUUUUCCUCUUAAAUUUAUACAUGCACCGAAAUAAUGUUAUAAGAAGCGAAAAUGGAGAUUUGAAAAAACCAAACUUGAGAAAUGUAUUAUCAGGAGAUAGCGAACCCUCACAAGACGAGAAAGCUCCUUCAAGCCCAGGUAAUGGAGCCUCUUCUAGCCAAGGUGAUGCAGUCUCUACUAGCCAAGGUGAUGCAGUCUCUACUAGCGAAGGUGGUGCAAAGGGUACGAAUGCGCAAGAAAAGGGAAGCAAUCCACAGACUAAUGACCAAGAAAAGGCUGAAUCAAAAGAGGAGGAAAAGGAUGAUUCUAAAUCUGAUUCAGGAAAAGACACAGGUAAAGAAGCCGAAAAGGGAAUAACUGAAAAAGACGCACAAGGGAAAGGACCUGAUGCUUCGACAAAUUCGUCUCCAGAGGUGUCUCAAAAUGGUGAAGUGAAGGCGGCAAGUCCAGAAAACCAAGUAUCAAAUAAAGAUAAUCAGGUAGAGGUACCAGCGAGCGAACCAUUGAAAAAAGAAGAACCACCUAAAGCAAGUGUAGAAACCACAGAAGGGGCAAAAGAAACAGAUGCAACAAAAACAGAAGAAGAUAAAGCCCAGGAAAUAGCAAAAUCCGAGGAAGUUGCAAAAGCAAAUGGAGCUGUGGAAGAAGCGAAAAAGGCAGCACAGGAAGCAAGCACAGAAGCAGCUGUAGCUCAAGAAGUAGCAAAAAUUGCAAAAAUGGGAGAAGAAAAAUCCAAAGCAGAAAAUGCCGCAAAGGUAGCAAUGGAAGAAGCACAAAAGGCAGAAAAUUUUGCAAAGCAAGUAGAGACUUUAGCCAACGAGGCCCAGCAAGCCACCACAGUUUCUGUUGCAAGGGAGAAAGCUGACAAGGCUAUGAAGGCAGCGGAAGAAGCAAAGAAAGCAAGAAAUAAAGUAGGUUACGAACUCUUGAAGGCAAUAAAUCAAGAUGUGCUAGAACCAUUGGAAAUAUCUGAAGAGUUGGGUGACAAUUUAAUGGAUAAAGAUGAACAAGUGAAUGAGGAAGCUGUGGAAAUAGGUACUGAGGAAUCGAUAGAUGAGACAUUACCACAAGAGGGGAAGAGGAUUUUGAGGAAAAAGAUUAUGAUGAGGAAGAAUAUGAUGAGUAUAGUGAUGAUGAUGAAUAUGAUGAUGACGAUGAUGAUGGUAAUGACGAUGAUGAGGAUGACAAUGAUGAUGGUAAUGACGAUGAUGAGGAUGACAAUGAUGAUGGUAAUGACGAUGAUGAGGAUGACAAUGAUGAUGAUGAUGACGAUGGAGACCAUAACGGAGGUGUACCUGGGGGAGAAACUGCUGGUGGGAAAAAUGUAA